GGUCGUGGCAGUGUGUGAUACUGCCACCCUCCCUUUGGGUGAGGAUGAGGAGGACACAUGCUUGGGCCACGCAUCAUAAAACCCAGCUCAGGAUAAAAGGGCUCUGGUCGUGGAUGCCUCAGUGUCAGUUCUCUCAGGAAGUGGCUCCUCUGCCUCCACAGAGCCAGGCUCUCCGACCCCAGAGAGAUGUCCUGCCAGCAGAGCCAGCAGCAGCAGCGCCAGGCCCCUCCCCAGUGCCCCUCCCCCAAGUGCCCCCAGAAGAGCCCGGCACAGUGUCUGCCUGCUGCCUCCUCCUGCUGUGCGCCCAGCUCUGCGGGCUGCGGGGGCCUCAGCUCCAGCUCCGGGGGCGGCUGCUGCCUGAGCUCGCACAGGCGCCGCAGGUCGCACAGGUGCAGACUGCGGAGCUCGGACUCGUGUGAUGGUGCCAGCGGCCGGCAGUGUGGGGGCUCUGGCUGUGGCCACAGCUCUGGGGGCGGCUGCUGACCUGGACCUGAUGCUGAGACCUGGAUUUCGGAGGAAACAAGAAUCCCAAGAGCCAGGGAGCGGCUCAUCUUGACGCGUGCUUUCCAACAUGUUCUGCCCUGGCUGCUUCAGCCUUGGUGCUGGGUUCCUGUCCUGGGUUCCAGCUCUCCCAGAGUCCACAUCCUGGCUCAUGCCCGCAUCUCAAGUCCCACUGAGGAUUGUACCUGCCCGGGCUUCACCUUGUCAAAAAAUAAAAAGCUCACUGUGUCCUCA